AUCAAAAAAUUAAGAAAAUCUCUUCAAGUUUUGGCCACUGCAAAAAAAUCACAAAUUUUGAAAAAUUUCCUAGAAGAAGAAUUAUUAACAAUUGAAGAAGCUUAUGAAGUUUUAACUGUUGACUUUUCUUGUGAUGACAAAACUAUUGAAACUAGCUUUUCUAUUAGACUUAGUGAUGAGGGGCUAUCAUCCAUAGAAAAUUUUAAUAAAAUCAAUAAAGCUCUUUUUACCAUUGCUAUUUAUCGAACAUCCUUUUAUCUUUUGGAUUUUUAUGAACAAGAUAAUAUUGAUUUAAACAAUAACUAUUAUUUACCAAAUGAUCUUGACGAAAAUCAGUGCUACAGCAUUUUAGGUGUUGCUAGAAUUGCAAAUGAAAAGAGCAAAUUAUUUAAAUAUGUCGGAUCAAAUUAUCAAAAAACAAUAGUUUUGGAUCCCUCUCACUUUAUGAAGUUGAGAUUGGCUUUGAGAUUUCUUAAUAACAACUAUCUCAAAAAUGAAAAAGUUUCUCUUUAUUUAAAAACUGGAAAAAUUGAACCCGAUGAUUUAGAAUUGGAAACGCUUCCUGUUGGGUUAAGAAAUGUUGGAAAUACCUGUUACCUAAAUUCUCUUUUACAAUAUUUAUUUGCCAUAAAACCUCUCCGCGAAUUUAUUCUUCAAUUUAACAAAAAAUUUCCAAUGACUUUUAACUCAGAAAAUGUUGAUGGAAUUCUUGAAAAAAGAAGAGUUGGUAAUCGAUUUGUUCCUAUAAAGGAAGUCGAAAGAUCUUAUCAAUUGGUUUAUCAAUUAAAGUAUCUAUUUAACGAUUUGAUAUCUGCUAAACAGAGAGACAUUGCUCCAACUGAACAAUUGGUUUAUCUAGCGUUUACAAAUAUCAGUCAGGAGGUUGAUUUUAUUGAAGAAAAACCACCAACUGUACCAUUACCACAACCCACACACCAACAAAAGAAUAGAUCGCCUUAUUCUUCAGAGUUGUCAGUUGUUCCUUAUGAAAAAAACGUAAACAAAAACAGCGAUUUAAAUAUAGAAAAAAACAGUAGAAAAAACAGAAAAAACAAUUUGUUCAAACCCGAAGAAGAAAAGCAUACUGAUUUGUUUCAACCUGAAAAAGAAAAACUUAUACAUUAUGUUAUUAAACCUGAACAGCUUCAGAAUGCUAUCGAUAUUGGAUCUCAACAAGACAUUACUGAAUGUAUAGAUAAUGUUAUGUGUCAAAUCGAGUCGUCCUUAGCUCCGGUUAAACUUGAGGAUGGCAACGAACAAUAUGAUAUUGUUAAAAAAUUGUUCUUUGGAAAAAGUAAACAAUUAUUGGAGCCAGUUCAUAAAAAUAAUGGGAAAUCAAGACAUAGUAUUGAGAGAUUCUUAAGUGUUUAUAUUAAUAUGGGUGACCACCCUGCAGAUAUUUAUGAUGGAUUAGACAACUAUUUUGGUGAAGAGUAUUUAAGUAUGGAUGAUGGGGAAAUAAAAAAAUCUGUCACUAUAACUAAACUACCCGAAAUAUUACAUUUGCAAUUAUCAAGAGUUCAGUUUGAUAGAGAAAGAUUGUGUUUAUAUAAACUAUUUGAUCCUUUGCCCUAUGAUGAUAUAAUAUAUUUGGAUAAAUACAUGGACACAGAUGAUCCUACAAUAAGACACAAAAGAACUCAAGUAUUGGAGUGGAAAGAAGAAUUGAAAAAGUUGAAAAAGACUGAGAAUUAUAUGACUAAAGAAAGGGAAGGUGGAUUGACAAUAAAAGAAUCGUUAAUUGCAUCUGUUGAUUUUCUACUGAAUAAAAUUGAUGUUUUACAAAACAACGUCGGCGAAGAUUCAAUUGCUGUGAUUAAAAAGGAAAUUGAGAAUUUUGAUAAAAAAGUUGAAAAAAUUCAAAAUCAAAUUAUUGAAUUGGAAGAAAAAAUUUCCGAUCAAUUCAAAGAUGACAAAAAAUUUGGCUAUAAGAUAUUUGCAGUUGUUAUUCACCGAGGUCAAGCCAACUAUGGGCACUAUUUCAUCUUUAUCAGAGACGCGAAAAAGAAUAUAUUUAGAUGUUAUAAUGAUGAACAGAUUACGGAAGUAAGUGUUGAAAAUGUUAUCAAUUUUUCUGGAGGGGCGACUGAGACUCCAUCAUUUUUAGUUUUUAUAAGAGAAGAGUUAUUUGAUGAUUAUGCCGAUCCAUUGAAAAGAGUUGUUAGG